UGAAGUAUUCACUAAACUGCGUCUCUGAGUACACACGCGCAUUUUAAGCGCAUUGAGCCAUGCCUUUAAACAACUCCUUUGCCAGCCCGUUUCUUUUGCUUUUGUUUGUUGUUUUAUUCUCAGUAACUGAUGGAGAGGAAUGCGAAGUGUGUGUCGGGUUUCUGGGGCGCCUUUAUAACUCAUUGGUGAUCAGACACAAAGAGCUGACCCCAGAGCUAGUGGAGGAGGGUUUGAUCAGAGCGUGUGCUGAAGCUACAGGAAAAGAAAACCGACUAUGUUAUUACCUGGGAGCCUCCAGUGAUGCAGCAGCCAAAGCAACGGGUGAGGUGAGCCGCCCCCUCAGUGCACAUGUUCCUGUCCACAAAAUCUGCCUAAGACUUCAGCACAUGGACGGACAGAUCUGUGAGCUCAGAUAUGAACGUCCAGUGCUUGACUGGAGCAGAGAUUCUUUGUUUAAAAUGCGCGUGCUUGAACUGAAGAAAGUGUUGGCGUCUUGGGGGGAGGAGUGCAGAGCCUGUCUUGAGAAGAGUGAAUUUAUAGAUCUCAUCCAGAAGGUGGCCUCUAAACACAGCACAGCGCAGCACAGAACACAUUCAGAGGAGUUCUGAGGGCCUCCUCGUGCAGCUCCAUGCUGGGGACACGGAGUAUUAAUGAGAGGGCCUACUCGUGCAGCUCCAUGCUGGGGACACAUGGCUGUAAUGGGAGGAGCUGCACUUGUAGCUGCGCUCAGGGACACUGUUGAUGUUGCACUGAGAUUAACUUAUAUUGCUCUUCAUAGUAAUCGUUACGAAAGGUUAAUGUGCAAUCUGUGCACUCUUCCCCUGUCUCUCAUUCUCCUGUACUGCUGUAAGCCUUUUCUCCUUCGUACUCAGAAUAAAUGAUUAAGAUUAAUAGUUUCUGUGAUUAAGAGGUUGCUUGCAGAGAGGCUGGCUGGUUUGCUUUACAAGCCAUUUAAGCAUCAAUUUAACCAUCAAUUUAAGCAACUUAACCAUCAAUUAAGCUAACUUCAGUUAAGUACAUCCCCAUUAUAUUACUGUUAUACAAAAACAAAAUCUCAAUCGCUUUAUUGUAUUGGGAACAAAAUCUGUUUUAUCUAAAUUGCAUUUAUACAUCAUGGAUAUAUUUUGUUGUACCUUUGAUUUAUGCUGAUUUAAAUACAAAAAUCAUGUAUUAUGCUUAUUUAAAAUACUGUGAUACAGUAAAAAAAUAUAUUGUAUACAGUGUAAAGAGUGCAACCAUCUGCUUCCGAAAGGAAAAAUGUCAUUCAUCAAAAAAUGUUUUUUAAAUAACAUUUAAAGACAGACUAUGCAUGAGCUACGAAGUUGUUAAUCAAUGGAAUAUGUGGAAUAGUGGAAUUUGAGGUGAAUAAAUAAAAAAGCUGCUAACAAAGCGUGCCAAGAGAGCUAUGCAGUGAAUGGCCACUACCAUAAUUAAUUGUAAAUUAUGUUAUCGUGUCAAUCUCCCUACACUCGCAAACUUUUAUGUUUCUUGGCUUAAUUCUUUAAUGAAGGAUUUUAUGUUGCACUCUAUUAAAGUAUUAAUAAUCACCAUUGGCAGUAAUGGAAAUUGCAGGUUAAAAUGAGAACAAAAAUGAAAAUUUAGGGGAAAUGUUUUCAUAAAUAUGUUAUAAUGCAAUAUUAAAGGUCUUAAAAAUAUGCUUAAUUUUCUUUUGGGGUGAAACGUGGCCGGGACAUGUUUUCGUGAGAUUAAUUUGUGUACAUUUGUGUGAAUUUCUUUUGUUUUGUUGUUGAUAAAAUCAGUAUCUGUCUUUGCCUGUUUGUUUAAAGAAUAUUCCGGGAUCAAUACAAUAAACAGCAUUUGUGUUAUAAUAUUGAUUACCACAAAAAAAAAAAAAAAGACUUGUUCCUCCUUUUCUAUAAAAAAAAAGAAAUCGUGGUCAGAGUGAGGCACUGUGGUGAUGGGUACGUGGCUGAGUGAAGUCUGUGGAGAGCGAGGCCGUGAGGAAGAACGGUAAGGAUUGACACCUGUGGGAAAUUAUCUCUAACAUCUAUUUGUGUUUGCAGUGAGAGCUGAGAGGGAUAUAAAAGAGCAGUCCAGUCCGCUGGAGGAGAGACAUGCGCAGCAGAGUGUUCU